CAAUAAGGAACAAUUCAACUUAUUAAAAUCCCUCUUAUUCUAAUCCUCCUGACCUGUUUUACUCUUGCUCCUCCCCCAAUACCUUGUUCAACACACGAAGUACGAAGUUCCACUCACUGUAACAGACCAAGUUUGCAGAUGCACUUUUAAGGAAAGGUGCUGCAAUUCUUCGUCCUCACUUGGCAUUCUACAAAUGUCCUAGUGUCUUAGGCUAUUGCCAAUUGAAACUCUGCAGAAGAAGGUUAGAAGGUAAAUGGUUUUCAGAGACUGGGGAUUUGAGUUUUAGAGAGGACACAGUCCCAAGAAACACCUGGAGCAUCUGAUUCUACCAUCCAACACGACAAAGAGGACAAAGCAAUGGAUGGAGAACAUAUCACUGAACGACCCCGACCAGGCUUUGUCCUGGCAGACUACGUCGUCUUUGCUGCCAUGCUGCUCGUUUCCAUGGGAAUAGGGCUGUUCCAGGCCCUGAAGAAGAAACCGGGUGACGCUAAGGUGGAUGACUUCUUCACCGGUGGCCGUAGUAUGCCAGCCGUACCCGUGGGAAUGUCACUGUGUGCCAGCUUCAUGUCAGCUGUCCAGGUCCUGGGAGUGCCAGCCGAAGCCUCCCUCUAUGGUUUUAAGUUCCUCUACAUGUGCCUCGGGCAAACCAUCAACUCCUGUCUGACUGCAUACCUGUUCCUGCCAGUGUUCUACCGCCUUGGUAUCACCAGCACCAAUGAGUACCUCAAGAUGAGAUUUGGCAGAGAGAUGCAGCUGCUUGGAAGUGUCCAGUUUAUAGUCUCAACACUGCUCUACACAGGAAUUGUGAUCUAUGCUCCAGCCUUAAUCAUGAGCCAAGCCACUGGGCUCAAUAUGUGGGCAUCCCUCUUCUCAACUGGGUUCAUUUGUACUGUUUACACCACAUUGGGGGGCAUGAAAGCAGUCAUCUGGACAGACGUGUUCCAGAUCCUGGUCAUGCUCUCUGGCUUCAUCGCCAUCUUCAUCCAGGGCACUGUUUUGGUUGGUGGGCCAGCAAUGGUUUUGGAGAUUGCCAACAAUGGAUCACGAAUGAACUUUAAUGAUUUUGACUUCGACCCAAGGAGGCGAUACACAUUCUGGAGCUUUACUGUUGGCGGUACGCUGUUGUGGCUGUCCAUGUAUGGUGUGAACCAGGCACAGGUGCAACGCUACAUCUCCUGCAGAACAGAGCGACAGGCCCAGUGGGCGUUGUUUGUCAACCAAGUGGGCUUGUGUCUCGUUGUGGGCAGUGCAGCCACCUGCGGCAUUGUCAUGUUUGCCUUUUACUCCCACUGUGACCCUUUGAAGUCUGGAAAGAUUGCUGCUCCAGACCAGUAUAUGCCAUACUUGGUGCUGGACAUCUUUCAAGACCACCCAGGCUUUCCCGGUCUUUUUCUGGCUUGUGCAUACAGUGGCACCCUGAGUACUGCCUCCACCAGCAUCAACGCCAUGGCAGCUGUUACCAUGGAUGAUCUACUGAAACCACAUCUAGCCAACAUGUCACAGAAGAGGUUGAUUUUAAUUUCCAGAGGGUUGUCUUUCAUGUAUGGGGCUGGAUGUAUCACGGUGGCUGCUCUCUCAACCUUCUUGGACUGGGGAGUUCUUCAAGGGUCCUUCACAGUCAUGGGAGUGGUCAGUGGCCCACUUCUUGGGGCUUUCAUCCUGGGGAUGUUUGUUCCCGCUAGUAACAGGCCGGGCGUGUUUAGUGGCGUGGCGGUGGGCUUCUCCAUCUCCUUGUGGCUGGUCAUUGGAUCAACCCUCCAUCCUCCCAGUCUGCAGACCAUGGGAGUCCUGCCCACCUAUACAGAUCAGUGUCCAUCAAGUAACAGCACAGUCAACAGCAGCCUGGGCAUGGACACACCCUCCGCCUCCAUGCCGCUUCCCCAAUAUCAACAUGGACUGACGAGUCUGCAGAACUUUUAUUCCAUGUCCUACCUCUACUUUGGUGCUGUGGGGACAAUUUCAGUGGUGCUGGUUGGGGUAGCUGUGAGCUAUGCAACAGGACCUACCAAGAGAAAUACCAUUGACCCUGGCUUGCUCUGGUGGGACUUACAACAGAAAACCCUGGACAGUCAGAUGGACAAUCCACAGAUGGUGCCUCUACAUCACUUGCACAAUGAAGAUGUUGGUGAAAAAGAGGCCCUGAGCGCUACGCGGAAACUACCUUAACUCAAUGUUCCCCAAUAAAGUAUAGAGAGCUUUGAGAGAAGAGGUGGACACACACACACAGUACCAGUCAAAGGUUUGGACACCUACUCAUUCAAGGGUUUUUCUUUAUUUUACUAUUUU